AUGUCUGGACCACCCACUCUGCCUCCUGAGAUUCGCGCCAUGGUCUACCGUCAUGUGGCUCAUGGUGCAAGGGUCAUAUUUAGACCAAACAGGCCACUCUCGACAUGCGGUGCUCUCCUAGUCUCCUGUAAAACGAUCCGCGAUGAGUUCCUUCCGAUCUUCUACGAGGAAGUUCGCAUCGACUUCUCCGCUCGCAUCGACAACAAUACUGGGGCUGUUCAACUUCCGAACAUCGAACUCGGCGAUCUUCGGCACGUCAAGCUAAGUGAGAAUGUCUUCGCCGGCUCAGGAGGGAUGAUCCUAUUGAGAAGAAUAUCAAGCCUGAAGUCAUUCACUUUCGCCUGCAAUGUCGAAUGCUAUCUUCCUGGUUGCAUGGGUGAUGCGGCUGGCUGCGUGAACGGCAGUUGUGAAGUCUGUCUGUCGGGUCUUGAAACGUACCCCUACCAUUCGAGCGGAGAUCUCGGAGGCAACGCUAUGGAGGUCCUGAAGGAGGCAGUCGAAUUCCGAAAGUCAUAUCUGCUGGGGAGUUGUGGGUGCCAUUACAGCCAUAACCUGGACCCCAUCGACUGCCCGGGCGGUAACCCUAGACGCAAAGUUAUUGGAGCAUGGCAAUAUAUGGGGAAGCCGUUCAAACUGAGCGCCGAAGUCUGGUUUAUUGUUGAUGGUAGUGCGCCUCUGACAAGUUUGUUCGGAAUGUUUGACCUGGAGACAAAGACAAUGGUCGUCAGAAGCGCAGCCAACCCUGACGAGAUUCUCGGCCAGUUCACAGUCGAUCUUGAGGACUUCUAG